AGCAAGACGAAGCCGGCGGAGAUGGUGCUGGACGCGUACAGCCACGGGCAGCGCAGCUUCGGGGAGAACUACGUCCAGGAGCUGCUGGAAAAGGCGUCGGACUCCAGAAUCUUGUCCUCUUGUCCGGAGAUUAAGUGGCAUUUUAUUGGCCAUCUGCAGAAAAAUAAUGUCAACAAGUUGAUGGCUGUCCCUAACCUGUUCAUGCUGGAGACUGUGGAUUCUGUGAAGCUGGCAGACAGAGUCAACAGCUCAUGGCAGAAGAAAGGGUCUCCCCAGAAGCUGAAGGUCAUGGUGCAAGUGAACACCAGUGGAGAGGACAGCAAGCACGGGCUGCCCCCCGGGGACACUGCGGCCGCCGUGGAGCACGUCAUCAACAAGUGCCCAAGCCUGGAGUUCGUGGGGCUGAUGACCAUCGGCAGCGUCGGCCACGACCUCAGUAAGGGGCCAAACCCUGACUUCCAGAUGCUGCUGUCUUUGCGGCAGGAAGUGUGUGAAAAGCUGAAUCUCCCUGUGGAGAAGGUGGAGCUGAGCAUGGGCAUGUCCACAGACUUCCAGCAUGCAAUAGAGGUUGGAUCCACAAACGUCAGGAUCGGGAGCACCAUCUUCGGAGAGCGAGAUUAUCCCAACAAAGCAGCUGCUGGCAAAGCCCCUGCUGAAGGUGAAGGUGAAAUGGAGACCUUGGCAGCACAGGGUCACUAGAUGGAGGAAAAAAAAGACGUGGCCUCGAGAGAGGAGAGCUGCUGGGAGACCUCACUAUGCAUCCUCCCCUCCCUCCGU